AUGAGUAGUGAUGAUGAACGAAACCGUCCCGGAAACUCAGUUGCUGGAUUAUCUAACCUUCAAAUGCGUGCUUUGAAUGAUUCUAUGUCUAACAUGUUGAACGCAUGUUUAGAUCAAAUCCAUCAGAGGCUUGAUGAGCUUCAGGCCAACCAAACUCAUCCUAGAACCGGAGCAAGAAGAGACCGUCCGCGAAGGAACAACCGGUCCAACGAUGAGAUCCAAGAGGAGGACCUCCAAGAGGAUGAGGCCAGAUCCGCAUACCGUCCAAGAAGAGGUCCUAGAAACCGAGAUCCAGGUGAUGUCAAUCCAUUUGCUAGAACUGGUCGUACUGAUGAUAGUUUGAACGGAUUGAAACUGAAAAUUCCACCUUUUGAUGGAAAAAAUGAUCACGAUGCUUUUCUUGAGUGGGAAAGGAAAAUUGAGCAUGUGUUUGACUGUCAAAACUUUUCUGAACUUAGGAAAGUAAGACUUGCUGCUACUGAAUUCUCUGGCUAUGCUAUUAAUUGGUAUGAUCAAGUUUUGACCCACAGGAGGAGAACAGGUGAACGGUCGAUUGAGACAUGGGACAAGCUAAGACGCUUGCUUCAAGGAACCAAGUCUGUGGAAGACUAUUACCAAGAGAUGGAGAUCUUUAUGAUCAAGACGGACACAAAUGAGCCUUUGGACGCCACCAUGGCUCGAUUUCUUUCAGGCCUCAACCGUGACAUUCAAGACCGUAUAGAGCUUCAAGAGUAUGGUAGUGUAGAACAGAUGCUACACAAAGCCAUCUUGAUCGAGCAACAAAUCAAGAGGAAGAGUUACUCAAAACCGUCCAUUGCUUCCAAACCGGCCUUUGCUACUAAGCCAAGCUAUCACGACAAAGGAAAUUCAGCGGAGACUUCCGCCCGAGCAAGAGACAUUAGGUGCUUCAAGUGUCAAGGUCUAGGACACUUUGCCAAAAACUGUCCCAACCAACGGGAAAACAAAGAGGAUCUUGGUCCGAUCUUUGAUGAUGACGAUUCCUUUGGAUAUCCGCAUCACGGACCCCUACUCGUUGCUAGGAAGGGCAUGGUCGAUUCUAUCUUCGAUGAGACGGAUGGCCGCUUGGUCGAUGAGUCUGAUCCGACCUUUGAUGCUGAUUCCGAUCAGAUCUUUGAUGAGGAGAGUUGUACUAAUGUUGCUAGUGACACUCUUGUCAGGAAACUAGGGCUUGCUACUCGGCCUCUCUCUCAUCCUUUCAGGUUGGAAUGGCUAAACGAGGCUGGAGAACAGUAUGUGAAAGAACAAGUUACCGUCCCCCCAACCAUUGGCCGAUAUGAGGACGAGGUUGUUUGCAACGUUCUUCCUAUGGACGCAUGUUACAUUCUCUUGGGCCGGCCAUGGCAAUUUGAUAAGAGGGCCGUGCAUGAUGGCUUCACAAACCGACACUCCUUUGAUCAUAAGGGAAAGAAGAUCACGCUGGUUCCUUUGACACCUUUGGAGGUUCAUCAAGAUCAGAUCCAACUCAAGAGGAACCGUGACAAGGAACCCAAGCCAGAUGAACCUGAAUCAUCCCAACAGAACUCCAAUUUCUAUAUCAAGCCAAGUCAGGUCAAGAAAUCUCUUUACUCUCAAAAGCCAUUUCUUUUACUUGUGUACAAAAAAUCUCUUAUGGCUUCUUCUUCUGAUCAUACACCGGAGAUUCCGAGUGAACUUCUUGAUGUUUUGCAGGAGUUUUCUGAUGUUUUUCCAGAUGAGAAUCCUAAAGGAUUGCCACCAGUAUGA